AUGGCGUUAGAUUAUGUGUCAGUUACCAUAGCUUUUAUUUUCCUACCUUUACUGACAAUGUUUCUGCGAUAUGUGACGAAAAUGAUCUUUGGUAAGAUAGGGGUUGGUCCACCCGGAAACUUGCUACUGGUGGCAAAUAGCAAACCUGCAGGAGAGCCAAGGAUCCCUCAGAGUGUGAACUAUCAUUUCACAAGACAAUGCAACUACAAAUGCGGCUUCUGCUUCCACACUGCAAGAACAUCCUUUGUUUUGCCCAUGAAAGAGGCUAAAAGAGGCUUGGAGAUGCUGAAAAUGGCAGGUAAGUUACAACGAACUGAGGUUUAUGUUAGUUUUAGAUAAUAUAUAUACUGGCAAUUGUUAAUAUGUUCUAUCACUGAUCUUAUCUGAGAUUUUAUUUCCUCUCUUCACUGCUGCCGGUUAUUUGAACAUGAUGGUGUUCAACAAGAAAGCUCUUGCUACGUUGGACUCUGUACACAAAUGAACUUAAUGUCUUUUAGUUGAUUAUUAUUUAUCAGCUAAUUUAUUUUCGUACCUACGUACACUUGUGUAAAUAUCUUAUAUCGUGUGAAAUAAAGAAUUGAAUUGAAUUGAAUGGAAUUGGCAAGUAGAUCACUAUUACAGCGAUCUGCUUGCCGGUCGAGUGGAUAAGAAUAAAAUAACAAUACGUUAUUGAACGAGGCUGAGUAGGAUGUUAAGAAUUUUGCAGAUAUAUCCACUUCGGCCGAACGAUCUGCAUAAUUCUUCAGAUUCUUCACAUCCUACUCAGCCUCAUGCAAUAAUUGUUUUAUUAUUCAUUCAAAAUAUUUCUAAGUUCUUAACAAUGAUAAAUAGAUGUUUUUGCACAUUUCACUCCUAUCCGAUGAUUUUUCCAGCCGUUACGUACGGAGGCUUUGUUGGCUUCUCAGCCCUUGGACCGGGCCGAGUUUUCAGGUCCGACCGGCCGUGUGUCACGAGAAAACGUUUUAUGAAUAAAAAUAUCUUUAAUGAGAACAAAAAAACUAACUUAACCACUGAUUUACCUUUAUUCUAAGAUCUUCAAAUAUGUAGAAACAACAGACAGGCGUCAAUAUUGCUGGUUUGCACGUGACGUCACGGCGGCCAUAUUGGUGGUUAAAUGCACAUUUCACUCCUAUCCGAUGAUUUUUCCAGCUUACGUACGGAGGCUUUGUUGCCUUCUCAGCCCUUGGACCAGGCCGAGUUUUCAGGUCCGACCGGCCAUGUGUCACGAGAAAACGUUUGAUGAAUAAAAAUAUCUUUAAUGACAACAAAAAAAUAAUAACUUAACCAGUAGUAUGGGAAAUGGUACUUCUGGCUCACUCUUCGUCUUCCCAGAAUUUCAUUAAAUCAACUAAUAAAAUCCCAGAAUAUGCAAGGGACUACAAAAAAGAAUACCUUUUUAUUAUAGGAUUAGAUAAAGAAUUUAAGUAUUUAGUUGAUAACAUAAAUGAUGCAACUCGUGGAUUAUUUGAGAGUCACAAAGUUGAUAGAAUUAAGUAUUUUAUAAAAAGAUUUUUGAGAGGUCAAGAGAGGGGUAAACUUAAGGAUGUUAGUAAUCUUGAGAUUAAUAAUGAUGAUGUUGGUAACAUAAUUGAAAUUAAAAAGAAUUUUGAUAAUUUUAAUCAAUAUAUUAAAUAUUGUUAUGAGUGUGCUGAAGAUGAUGAUGAUGAAUGUUUUAUUGAUCGUUAUCCUGGUUACAAAAAUAUUAAAGAUGAUUUCGAAUUAUUUUUUAGUAAAUUAAAUAUUAAAUAUGAAGAUAGUGAUAGUGAUAGUGAUAGUGAUAUUGAAGAUGUUAAUGUUGUACUACCUGAUAGUGAUAUUGAAGAUUUAAAUAUUUCAUUUACUGAUAGCGAUAUUGAAGAUUUUAAUAAUAUAUUAAAUAAUCUUGUUAGUGGUAGUGUUAGUGACAGUGAUAGUGAUAGUGAUAUUUUCUAAACUUAUAACAUUUUUUUGUUACAAGUUUUAAAAAAAAAUGGUUUAAAAGAAAAAAAAUUAGUAAAUAAAAUGGAUAAUAAAUUUCAGAAAAUUUUUACAAUUCAUUUUCCUGAAAGAAGAGUUUAUAUUGAACACACUUUUGAUAAAUUAGAGGAAAGAAUGGAAAGAAUUAAAGAUGAUAGAGAUCAUAAGUUAUAUAAAAUGUUAAGAGAAUACCCAAAUCCAGAAAUUCGAUUUGAGUGUUAUAAAGAUGAAAAUUGUAAAUCAGAAAUUUUGGUAUCUUGAAAAUAUUUAAAUUUUAAAUUACUUAACUAGUUUAAACAAUAUAUAAAAUGGAAGAGUUAUUAAAACAAUUUGAAGAUAUGGGUUAUGAAGUUAAGGUAGGAUGGAAAGAGAAAGAAAGAAAAAAAAACUAUGAGUGAAGCAAUGAAAAAAUUAAAAGAGAGUGGUGAUGAGAAUAAGAUUAGUUAUGCAAAAACAUUAGCUAGGUAUUAUGGUAUUUUUCAUAAUAUGGGAUAUAUUUUAAAUCCUAAAAUUUCUUUAGAAGAAGAUAAAUAUGGCAUUCAUUAUCUUUGUAGUUAUUUAGAUGGUUUUGUUGAUACUGCAAAGAUAUGUAUUGUUGGCGUUAUUAAAGCUCUUGGAAAUGAUGAGCCAUUAGAUCCUUUUUGUAAAUACCUUAUGUUUACUCAUAUGUAUACUCCAGAUCAAGUAAAAGAAAUAGGUCAUGAAGAAAUAUAUAGAAGGGAAAAAAAGUUUGAAGAAGAAUUAGGAUUAGUAUAACCAAUUAAUAAAAAAUGGAACCAAGAUCAAGAGAAACUACUCCUACAAAAGAGGAUUUAGAUUUUAUUGUUGAUGAUGGAUAUAGACAUGAUGUGGAUCCAGAUUAUGUUCCAAACGAAAAAUAUGUUGUUACAGGACAUUGAAUUUAAAAAAUUAACCAGAAAUGCUAAAAAGCUUGGUGCAGAAUCACUUGAUUAUUCAACCCGAAAAAAUAACAAAUACAUGGCCACACUUCCAAGUGGAAAGAAAGUUCAUUUUGGAUCUCCAAAAUAUCCAGAAUACACUAUUCACAAAGAUAAAGAAAGAAGAGAUAAAUAUCUUUCUAGAGCAACAAAGAUUAAAAACAAACAGGGAGAAUUAACUUAUAAUAAUUCUGAAUCAGCUAACUUUUGGUCAGUUCAUUUACUUUGGCCUAAAAAAUAAAAAUGAUUUAAAGAAAUAUUUUUUAUAAUAAAAAGAUGCAGUUGUCCAGCUACGAAAAUAUUACCCAAGAGAAUAUUAUCUUUAAUGAAGCCAAAGAGUACAAAGUAAAAGAUAGCAAGAUCAAAUACAAACGUAUCCCAAUUGAAACCAAAUAUCCAAAUGGAAAGAAAGGAGCUUUAGUAUUAGAAUCUCCAGUUCUUUUUAGCUUUGGUGUUAAAAAGAAAAUCAAGAAACAAACAAGUUAGUUGGUUAUAGUAUUCCAGUAUGUCUUUGGGCUAAAGAUAGUGUACCAAAUAAUAAAGAAAAAGCAUUUUUUGAUGUUAUUAAUAAUGUAACAACUCUAUCUCAGCAACAUUUAGAGAAUGAAUAUGGACCAGAUCUAGCAUCAACUCUAUUUCCACCAUUUUACUAUAAACAAAUAGAAUACACAGACAAGAAAGGAAAAAAGAGAACAAAAGUUGAUGAAUCAUCCGCGCCAGUUCUUUACGCAAAACUUAUUUACUCAGAAAAAUCAAAGAAAAUUUUAUCUUUGUUUAAGGGAAAGGGAGGUAAAGAUUUAAAUCCUUUUAAAUAUAUUAAUCAGUAUUGCAAUGUUAAAUUGGCAUUGAUAAUUGAAGGAAUCUUUAUAAGUAAGACUGUUACAUCUUUACAAAUAAAAGUACAUGAGUGUUAUGUCAAACCAUUAAAACCUAGAGAGAAUUUACCAACAAUUGAAGAGGAAGAUACUGAUAGUGAUAGUGAUAGUGAUAGUGAUAGUAAAGGUGAAGCGAUAACUGAUCAAGUAGUUGAAGACUUACUUUUAUCUGAUGAAGAAGAAAAUAAGUAAAUAACUAUUUUUAAUACAAAUUUUGUAUUAAAAAUCAACCAAAUCCUUUGAGCUAACCCAUAAGUUAAAUUUAUCAGGAUAUCCACUCCAUUUUACUAAUGUCAUUUUUUUCUUAUUAUCUCGUCUGAUAAUUUUUUCUAUUCUAAAUGUUUGUUGUUUUGCUUUUUGUAAUUCUUGCUCAUAAAAAGAACCUCUAAUCUCUUCUCCCAUUAAAUCAACAAUGUUAUAUGUAACAGGUUUUGUAGGUAAAACUUUAUUAAUCACAAAUAUUUCCUCUGUCCAGUUUGGUGUGUAGCCUUUAUCAAAUACCUUCCUCUUAUACUUAGAAAUUCUAACACUAUCACCAACCGCAAACUUUGAUUUACCAGGUUUUAAGUAAAUAGAAUCACCAUACAAAUUAGACCAAACUUUACUUUUAUUUUUCUUUUUACUUGCUUCAACAGGAGUCAUUUUUAUACUAGAAUGUCUCGAAUUAUUGUAAUCAUUAACUAGUUUAUCUAUCUUAUCCCAGUAAACAGUGUUGUUAUUAACUGUAAACAUUUUCCGCAUUCCGUUUUUCAUUGUUUUAUUCCAUCUCUCAACAACACUAGAUUUUUCUUCGUUUUCAGUGUGAUACAAAUUGAUUCCCUCUCUUUUCAAAAAAUCUUUGAAAUGAUUACUUAUAAACUCAGAACCUUUAUCAGUCCAUAACAUCCUUGGUUUACGUUUACUUUUGAAUAUGUCCUCAAAUGCUUUACUAACAGUUUCAGUUUUCUUAUCUUUCAACCCCCUAAUCCAACCAUACUUGCUAAAAACAUCAAUAACCGUUAACAAAUAUUUAAUUCCUUUAUUCCACUUACUAAACUUUUGCAUUUCAACUAAAUCAGCAGCCCAAAUUUCAUCAAUUCCGUUUGAGACUACUAAUCUCUUUUGAAAGUUUCGUGUGAUUGGUUUGUGAAGUUCGUCGGCUAAUUGUUGAGACCAAUCACUACUCAACGCCGACGCGCGUUUUUUGAAUUCCAAGACCAAGUUUUUGUUUUGUAUUAAUUGAUUAUUGUUC